CAUUCCGUGGUGGCCCUUUGAGGGGUGAUCAACGCACAGGAGACUGGUGUCUAUCCGAGAGGGCACUAAUAGGCGGGUCUUGUAAAUAUUUAUCGAGCUUACUAACUUAUGUCCAAUCGCUUAUGAAGGCUGGUGAUUGACUACUGAUUUUCAACUCCGCCUUGUCGCGGAAUUGGGCGACAAGCAUUAACUUAUUUCGAUGGGCACCCGAGGUCCGGCCGACGUUACUGUAUGCAGAGUCCGAAGCACACGCUCGAUUCCCUCGAGAUUGUUAGCAUUUCACAUUCUGUUUUAAGAUUCGUCUAGACCGUGCUGCUGUUCUUCAACACAUCGAGCGGAAAGUAAGAGUUGCGAAAUUGAGCGAUUAUGGAUGGCGACGGAUCGGCGAAGGGUGGCGACGACGAUGGUAACAAGCCGUAUGAAGAAGGCGAGGGUGAGUAUGACGAAGGCGAUGACAUGUACGGAGACGACGGUGACUAUGACGGGGGCGGAGGUGGCCCCGAGGAUUCCGGAAAAGGAGGGCCGCGCCCGCCGGGCGAUGGGCAUCACGAGGGCGAGGAAGCUGGCGAAUAUGGCGAAGAAUACGGCGAAGAAGGGGACUAUUAUGAGGAGGAAGCAGGUGUAGAGGGACAGAAGGAGGUAGGC